GCUGGUUAAUGGUUAUGAGUUCAGUUUACUUAACGUUCUCUUACAGAGGAAAUUGACUUGUAUGGAACAGGACAUUAAGGAUUGAUAAUAUGAGAUGGCAAUAAUCACCAAAUAUGAUUAGUUGUUUAGCUAACUCUAAAACUUCACCCAACUGCCUUUCAGGUGGUAGCUGUUUUAUAAUGGAAAUCCAAGAUUUUGCAACGCACGAAGAAUCCAUUCCCACACUCAUCAAAUACAUAUCAACGAAAGAAGUGGCUGGCUUUGAUGGUAUUGCUAUUAACACUAGCCUGAAUUCUCAGAAACAACCAAGUGAACCUUAUCCUUUCAGUUCAUCGCCUAUGGUAUGUUAUAUUAUACCUCGAUUUCUUCCUCAUAGAGAAAUUGAACGUGAAAAGAGCAAUUAUCGGGGAAGGCGUAAGAUUUUAUCUUAUUCAUGGCAGGGAACUGGCACUAUAGAUUUGGAGAACGGCGCUGACAUAUUUCAACCCAUCAACGAUCAAAGGAGUCGUUCUAUUUCCAUUAGCAUGCCAACUUCUCCAAGGGAAAACAGUUCAGAGAUCAAUGAAAAGAUUCUUUAUGAAGAUAAUGGCGCAGUUUCGGUUUCUUCUAGUGAAUCUAAGGUUGCCAUCUCUCACACAAAUCAAAUAAAGUUUCAUUCUCAGCCAAUGCCCAAGGGAAGUGCUGUUGAGCUGGGAGUCGUCAAUAUUACAAACUCUCAAACCCAUCAAAAACUGAAGGAUAAAAGCUACGAUUCUUUCAAAACAUGGUCCGGGAAACUUGAGAGGCAGAUAUCAUAUCUACGUGGGAAGCCACGUGAACCUUCACCAGAGAAUCCUGUGGAGCAUAGAGCAGAGAACGAUGCCUUACCUGUGGAUCGAUACUAUGAUGCCCUGGAAGGACCUGAAUUGGAGAACCUUAGAGCCUCAGAGGAAAUAGUGCUGCCAGAUGAUAAGACAUGGCCAUUUCUUCUCCGAUAUCCCAUCUCUUCAUUUGGUAUCUGUCUUGGCAUUAGUAGCCAGGCAAUCAUGUGGAAAACUCUGGCCAACUCUGCUUCCACUAAAUUUCUCCAUAUUAGCCCCUAUGUAAAUCUUGUGCUGUGGUGCAUCUCUGUUGCUCUUGUAGCCACUGUAGCUUCCAUUUAUCUUCUCAAAAUGAUUCUCUACUUUGAAGCAGUUCGCCGUGAAUACUAUCACCCCAUCCGUGUCAAUUUCUUCUUUGCUCCAUGGAUAGCCCUCCUGUUCUUAGCACUUGGAGUGCCUUCAUCAGUUGCUAACAACUUGCAUAGUGUCCUUUGGUACAUUCUCAUGACUCCAAUACUCUGUCUUGAGCUCAAGAUCUAUGGACAGUGGAUGUCUGGAGGACAAAGGAGGCUUUCAAGAGUGGCGAAUCCUUCAAAUCAUCUCUCAGUUGUAGGGAAUUUUGUUGGGGCAUUGUUGGGUGCAUCAAUGGGUCUAAAAGAAGGGCCUAUCUUCUUCUUUGCUAUUGGGUUGGCCCACUACACAGUCCUAUUUGUGACCCUCUACCAAAGACUUCCAACCAAUGAAACACUCCCAAAGGAGCUCCAUCCAGUAUUCUUUCUGUUUGUUGCAGCUCCAAGUGUUGCUUCGAUGGCAUGGGCAAAGAUUCAAGGCUCGUUCGAUUAUGGCUCCAGGAUUGCAUACUUCAUCGCUCUGUUUCUGUAUUUUUCACUGGCAGUUCGUAUAAAUUUUUUCCGAGGAUUUAAGUUCUCAUUGGCUUGGUGGGCGUACACUUUCCCCAUGACUGGAGCUGCCAUUGCAACCAUUAGGUACUCAAAUGAAGUCACCAACACAGUAACUCAAACGCUGGCCGUCACACUCUCGAUCACCUCCACUCUCAUACUCACAGCUCUGCUCGUAACCACAAUGGUACAUGCGUUUGUGCUCCGAGACCUCUUCCCUAAUGACAUCGCCAUUGCCAUUAGCGAGAGGAGACCAAAACAUCAUCGUCGUCGUCAUCAUCAUCAUCGUCACAAGAAGUGGUUCUAUAGAAAGCUUGGAAGCUCAGAAAAUAAAGAGAUAGAAAAUUAUUUGAAGUAUGCAACCUCAGAUUGCAAAGACAUAGAAGCUUGUAGUACAAACCCUCCUAGUAGCUUAGAUGGUAGUAAAUAAGUAUGAGGAAGUCCUUACCAUUUUCUGAAUUUUCAACUUAGAGAUCUAGCCAUGCGAGAACUCCAGAAGUUCACUAGGAAAGUUCCAGUGAGCAUGUGUUGACGAAGGUUUAUGCGGUGAGGUUGUGUACCAUAAGUUGUGUGAGAUCAGUGAGAGCAAUAUAUAUGCAAUUUUGAACUUGAUUAAAAAAAAAAUUACAUAAAAGCAAUUUUAAGGUUAAAUCUCCAACCUUCCAGGAUCAUGAUCACCGUUCACCUGCUCUUACUAUAGAAGCAGAGCAGCGGUCAAUUGUGGGGAGCUUGGCCGGUGUCAGUUCGACUUUAAAUCGGACCAGGAGUUCGAUAGAUUAUAUUUGGGACUGGCCUGAGCCAAUAGUUUAAUAACCUGGAUUACAAGGCCCGAGUUUCAGAACGACGGCAACUUAAGAAAGAUGGAUUAAACCAGAGCUGAAAUCUUGAAAAGCCAAAAUCAAAAC